GCGAGGAAGAGGGCAGGCUACAGUAUGCAUCACUCUGGUGGACUGGAAGCACAGACUGCAGAUCUGUUUUCCCAGCACUUCACACACAGAGCAGAAACAACACAUCAGAUCUCAUCCUCACUGUUUCUCUCUCUAGCUGUGAGUGGUCCCUUUAUUUAUCAGAUGACCUUCAGUCUGAAACAUUAAAAGCAUUGUAGAAAAUGGAGUCAUCCCAAAAUGGUUGUGAUGAGAGUCAUAAAAAUCACCUUGAGACCAUGAAGGCAGGAAUGUUACUGCGAAAAGUGAAGUCUCGUAUGUGGAAGCGUCAGCGUCACUAUAAACUUCAGGAGGAUUGCAAGACUAUCACAUAUAAAUCCAGCUGGGCAAUAAACUCUUAUUCUACCUUCUCCAUCAGUGAUGUAGAGGUGGUCCGAGAUGGCCAUCAGUCAGAGACCCUGCUUAGCGUGGCAGAUGAGUUUCCCGCUGAACGCUGCUUCACUGUGGUUUUCCGUGGACGCAAGGGAAACCUGGACCUGGUGGCUGAUUCAGCAGAAGAAGCUCAGGCCUGGAUUCAGGGCAUCAGAACCCUCAUGGAGAACAUGGAGAACAUGGAUGAGGGCACCAAACAAGACCAAUGGAUCUCAGAUUGGUUUUUAAAAGCAGACAGAAACAAAGAUGGCAGAAUGAACUUUAAGGAAGCAAAAAAACUGCUGAAAAUGAUGAACAUCGACAUGAAUGAAGAACACGCAAGCUAUCUUUUUAAGAAAGCAGAUAAAUCUCAGUCGGACACUUUGGAGGAUGAGGAGUUUGUGGAGUUUUACAAGAUGCUGACGGAAAGGAAAGAAGUGCUGGAGCUGUUUCAGGAGUAUUCCAGUGAUGGACAGAAUCUCUCUCAGUGUGAUUUGGAGGAGUUCCUCAGGGAGGAGCAGCUGGAGGGGGAAAGCAGUUAUGAACGUGCACUACAGCUCAUUGAUCAGUAUGAGCCUUCAGACACAGCCAAAAUGAAUCACUGUAUGUCAAUUGAUGGAUUCUUAAAGUACCUGGCGUCUCCUGAGGGCUCCAUCUUCAAUCCAGAGCAUCAAGACCUCUUUCAAGACAUGAGCCAGCCUCUCGUCCACUAUUUCAUCAACUCCUCCCACAACACGUACCUGAUGGAAGAUCAACUUAAAGGGCCCAGCAGUGUCGAGGCCUACAUCAAGGCCCUCAUAAGAGGAUGCAGGUGUGUAGAAGUGGACUGCUGGAAUGGAUCAAAUGGAGAGCCUAUAGUUUAUCAUGGACACACAUUCACAUCUAAGAUUCUCCUUAAAGAUGUAAUUGCUACUAUUGCACAAUAUGCCUUCAAGGUGUCUGAGUAUCCGCUCAUAAUAUCCAUAGAAAACCAUUGCAGCAUAGAGCAGCAGGAAGUAAUGGCUCGACAUUUCAGAGAUAUCCUGGGUGAUAUGUUAAUGACGACCACAGAAGAUGCUAGAAACUCCAGUGAACUUCCUUCCCCAGAGGCACUUAAAAAGAAAAUCCUGCUGAAGGGAAAAAAGAUUGAGUCGGAAAACCUCACAGGUGAAGUAAGUGAUGAGGACGAAGCUGCAGAAAUGAACAAGGACAAUGCAGCAUCAGAGAACCCACCAACAAAUGGAAAGGAAGUGAAGCAAAAACUGUGCAAGGAGCUCUCAGACCUUGUGUUCUGUAAGAGCGUACAUUUCCAAGGCUUUGAACAUACACUUAACUCUUCCAAGCCUUAUGAUAUGUCAUCAUUCUCAGAGUCUAAAGUCCGGAAAUAUUCCAAGGAAUCAGGCCCAGAUUUUGUGCUACAUAACACCAGGCAGUUGACCAGAAUAUAUCCAAGUGGAAUUAGGACAGAUUCAUCAAAUUACUGUCCACAGGACAUGUGGAACAUAGGAUGCCAGAUUGUGGCAUUAAACUUCCAGACAGCAGGAAUGGAAAUGGAUCUUAAUGAUGGUCUGUUUAGUCAGAAUAGCCAUUGCGGCUAUGUCCUAAAACCUGAGAUCCUGCGCAACAGAGAGAAAUGCUUCGAUCCUGAUAACCCACUUGAACGAGACAAUUAUCACCCUUUACAGUUUUAUAUUAAAGUUAUUAGUGCCCAACAGCUCCCUAAAUUAAGUAAAAAAGAUUGGUGCAUUGUAGAUCCUUUUGUGCGGGUGGAAAUUUAUGGGGUUCCUUUGGACCAAACUAAACAGGAGACCAAAUACAUCGAGAACAAUGGAUUUAAUCCAUGUUGGAAUGAAACACUGCAGUUCACAAUCCACACCCCUGAGCUGGCACUGGUUCGUUUUGUAGUUGAAGACUAUGAUAAAGCAUCAAGGAAUGAUUUCAUAGGACAAUACACUCUUCCAUUCACCUCUAUUCAACCAGGGUAUCGUCAUGUGCAUCUGCUGUCAAAAGACGGAACGAGUCUUUCUCCAUCUUCCCUGUUUGUUCAUAUUACAAUCACAGAGCUUCAAACUACAGGAGUUUGAUCUAAAUACUGUAACAAGUCAAGACAAUCCCAACAGCAAACCCCACAUCUGUAGUCGUAGUUGUAGUACAGGAAAAAUGGCUGUAAAUUAUAUAAAAAAAGAAACACAAACAUGUACUAAAGAGGAAAGCAGUUUAGUCAGUAUAGUAUUUGCUUGGUGUUAAAGGCGGGGUGCAUGAUUUUUGAGAAACGCAGAAAAAAGGGGGUCAGGCCGAGUACCAAAACACACUUGUAGUCAAUCAGCAAUAAAGGGCAUGUUUACUAACUGACAUCGUUGCCUGGGUUGCAUAUGUGUGGGGUGGGUCUAUCAAAAGAAGGUCCAGACUCUAUUGGGGUGGGGCAUGUUUGUUUAGGUGAUUUCAAAUGUCAACAUUGGCUUUCAGAGAUUGUGCAUCUCGCCUUUAAUAGUGCCUUCUCUAAUCAUGCAUAAAAAUGCUAAUUGUACCAAUAUAAUUGUAUAAUUUAUGCAAUAUAUAAAGUUUAUUAUUUUAAUAUAUAGAUAUGGAAACACUCUAUUUAGUUUUUAUUAAAUGUUAUCAACAGUAGUCAGGGUAGAAAGUGGUUUAAAGGGGUAAUUCACUCAAAAAUAAAAAUUCUGUCAUCAUUUCCUCACCCUCAUGUUGUUCUAAACCUGUGUGGGAUUCUUAAUUCUGUUAAAGACAAACAAAAUAUAUUUUGAUGAAUGAUGGUAAGCACACAGUUGACUGACUGAUGACAGUAUCCAUUGACUUCCGUAGUAUUUGUUUUUCCUACUAUGGAAGUAAAUGGGUAACGUCAACUGCGUAGUAAUCACCAUUUAUCAAAAUAUCUUUGUUUGUCUUUAACAGAAUUGUUCAAUAAUAUUUGAAUAAAUGAUGGUAAGCACACGGAUGACCAGUGUUGGGGAACGUUACUUUUAAAAGUAAUGCAUUACAAUAUUAAGUUACUCCCCAAAAAAGUAACUAAUUGCGUUACUUAGUUACUUUUCAUGGAAAGUAAUGCUUACAUUACUUUUGCGUUACUUUUUCUUACUUGGCUGAGGCUUGAUCUCUUUCAGGCCUUGCAAGUGUUUUUUAUGAAGUUCUGCAUUCAGAAAUUGCAUAUUUUCAUCACAAAAAUGUCAAGCUCUAGCCUGCCAUUUCUACGUGACUAUGUUUAGUUUAAUUCCAUACUUUUUCAUCUAAUUAAAGGUGCAGUAUGUGAAUUUUAGAAGAAUCUUUAGACAGCAAUGCAAUAUAAAAUAGAUAUCUGUGUUUUCAGUGAUGUAUAAAGACCUUACAAAAUGAACUGUAUUGUUUUUAUUACCUUAGAAUGAGCAGUUUUUAUCUACACACACCGUGGGUCCUCUUACAUGGAAGCCACCAUUUUGUGCCUUCAUGUUUCUACAGUAGCCCUAAACUGACAAAUUUUUCUAUAGAGCGUUUGUCACUACGAUGUCUCAGACGAUGACAUGUUUGUCCUGUGCGGCAACCAUAGCUUCUCUAUGUGCUUCGAAAGGGAUGGGUGCAAUACGCAACCUCACCACUAGAUGACGCUAAAAUCUACACACUGCACCUUUAAUUUAACUGAAAAGUAACCCGCAUUAAUUUUUUAAAAAAGUAACUUAAAUAUUAAUGUGUACAUUUAUAAAGUAAUGCGUUACUUUACUUGUUACUUCAGAAAAGUAAUAUUAUUACGUAAUGCACGUUACUUGUAAUGCGUUACCCCCAACACUCCAAAUGACAGUACCUAUUGACUUCUAAAAUAUUUGUUUUUCCUACUAUGGAAGUCAAUGGGUACCAUUAACUGCACAGCUAAGAUAGUUUAUCAAAAUAUCUUUUGUGUUCAACAGAAAAAACUCAAACAGGUUUAAAACAACAUGAGAGUCAGUAAAUGAUGACAGAAUUUUCAUUUUUGGGUGAACUGUCCCUUUAAGGUAAUACAUAAUCUGAAUUAAUAUAAGUUAAGCAUGGUAAAGGUGCCUUUUAUUAAUGACCAAAUUACUCUCAUUAUGUAUGAAUGUCUUUCAUCAAUUUAUUAUAACUUAAACAUUUCUUUAAAAAAUAAACAGGAAUGAACACA